AUGGCUCCCCAGCUUGGGUGGCAGUGGAGAGGGCAGCAAGAGCCCAAUACUUCCUGCCACAAUGGUCAUCACCAGCACAGAGAUGUAGGCGGCGGGGUUUUGCAUGACUAUGAUUCAACUAAAUAUUUUUUGAUUUCAGAUGAAGGCAUUGACACUGAAAGUCUUUACUGUCUUGGCCAUGAAGAAAUCGCUGCCUUGAUCCCAAAAGUGGGACCCAGGGCAAAAUUCAAGAAGAAACUAAAGUUGUUAAAGGGGGAACAAAACACAACAAACCCAGAAACAGUUGAUUCUCCUGCUCAAGUUCAUCCAUCCACCAGUGCUUCAAGUGAUAAAGUGAAGAGAAAGUUGGAUCUUCAGGGCGAGUCCAGCAAUUGGCAAUCACCAACCAGAAAACAACGAUGUGAACCUAGACCGGGGUCAUACUCAGAAGGCUUUAUACUGUCUAAUGUGAAAAACAUCAUGGGAUUUGUCCAAAACAGACUACCAGACCAAGACAACAAGCUCCAUCAGUUCCUCAAGAAGAAAAUUAACGACUUGGAGAUCGAAAAGAGGGAACUGGUCGGUGUCUUUGGUAAAACUGGGGCUGGAAAGAGCUCUCUGAUAAAUGCCGUCAUUGGAGAGAAGAAUCUCUUGCCUAUUGGGAGGGUCAAAGCAUGUACCACAGUCCUGAUUAAAGUGGAGGCUAACAUGCUACACCAAAGAUAUGAGGCAGAAAUUGAGUUCAUCACAAAAGAGGAGUGGAAAGAUGAAUCGUGGUCCUUGUUAAAUUUCCUUGGGGAUAAUGCCGAUCAGGAAGAUGAACAGGAAGAUGAACAGGAAGGUGAUCAAGAAGAUGACGAGGAUCAGGACACUGUUGACAAGCUGUCAGCGCUGUAUGGAGAAGAAUGGAGAGACAAAACCCCUGAAAACCUGAUGGAAAACAAGUAUUUCAAAGAAAUUCCUGAAUUUCUUCUAUCCAAGAGAAAGCUUCUGACAGCUGAAUCAGCUAAAGAGCUAUCUGCAAAAUUAGUCAAAUACACAAGGAGUGAAUCAAACGAUGGAGAAGGAAAAGAAGUAAAGAAGUGGUAUUGGCCCCUGGUGAAGUGUGUGACUGUGAGGGUGCCUAACAAUGAUCUUCUCCAGCAUGUCACACUUGUGGAUCUUCCUGGAAAUGGGGACCGUAACAAGAGCAGAGACAAGAUGUGGAAAGGGGUUGUUGGAAGUUGCUCUACUGUGUGGAUUGUGACUGAAAUGAAACGAGCAGCAGCAGAGCGUGAAGCCUGGGACAUCCUGAAAAGUGCCAGUAGCCUCAUCGGAAAUGGUGGCGAGUGUCAGCGCAUCCACUUCAUCUGCACCAUGUCUGAUGAUAUUGGAGAUACGGAUGAUCGUUCAAGAGAUGCUGUUCGUGCUCUCAUAUUUCAAAACAACAUGCAAGCCAAGGAAGAAGUGAACAAAGAGUUCAGAAAACUCAAGGAGUUUAAGAAACAUUUCAGUGAUGAAUGUUUCAAAGUCUUCACAGUGAGCUCCAAAGAGUUUCUGAAGCAAAAACGUCUGACGCCAGAGGAAACUGAAAUACCCAAACUUCAGGAAUUUCUGCAAGAGCUCAAUGACUGUCACUCAGAGACAUUAAACUAUGUGUCAGGAGCUCAUGGGAUCCUCUCUCUGAUUCAAGGGGCCAGAAGUAGAGCAGGGGUAAGAUCAAGUCAGGCUGAAUGUCCAUACAGUGAAGAAAAAAUGAAGACAAAACUCAACAAAAACAUCCGGAAGCAAAAGAAAACCAUCUACAAGAGUCUGAUGGAGACAAUCAAGGAAAACAUGAAAGAAAGCUAUGAAAAAGCAGCAGAAAUUAGAGGAGGAGGCUCGCUGAAAAACAUGAGGAGCACUAUUGAGAACCAUGUACGAGAUUCAAAGGACAUCAUGUUUCAGAGGGCGAAAAAUGUUAUGUUGGAGCAGCUGGAAAACUUGAUGGUGCUCCAUUGGAUUUAUGUCAAUGGCAUCAGUGCCUUCGUCAUCCAGGAACUGUCUAAACACUCUGGCCACAUGAGGCCAGGCACUGUGCUGCACCAGGAGGAACCCAGGGCCCAAUGCACCAGCGAGAAAUUUGACAAUCGCUCUGAGGAUUUCAUCCUGGUACCUGGCUGUGACAUGGAAGUUUGUGUGACCCUCCUAAAAUAUGCCUCCCCAGACCAUCACUGA